CCUGAGUGCUGGGAUUGAAGGCGCGUGCCACCACCACCUGGCUAACUCUGGCUGCUUGACAUCCUGUACCCCAGUGGAAACCCAAGAAUCCCAGCUCUGGACCAAAGCAUCCCUUGGUGCCUCCACUGAGCCCCUGGGUCCCUCAGGCAACGGUAGGAGUAGGAGUGGGUGGGGCAGGAUGCAGGGGUGGAGUGGGUGGAGCCAAGACCCACUUCCUUUCCCCUUGGGGCUCAGUCGGCCCCAGUCCUGACCAAGUCUCUGGAGGAGCAGGAGGUGCUCUCGCCCUGGCCCUGUGCCGCUUCCAUUGAACUGGUCCCAACUCCAGCUCUGGAGAUGGCCCUGCUUCUCCUCCUCUUUGGGGGCUUUUGGACCCAGGUGAUGAGCAACACAGAAGGUCUACAGAACAAAACGAUGUCACUCUCUACUCUCCAUACCACGGUCCCAAGUAUCUCAAAGGUCCCAAGUAUCUCUGAGGCCUUGGCUGUCGACUCAAGAGUCUCCACUAUGCCAGAGACAGUGGAACUUGAGGGGACUACCGACAUCUGGAGUCAGACCCCACAUCCACCUUCCCCAACCCCCUUUGUAACUACUGAAUUGUCUUCUGUUGGGCUUCCCACUGGUGACAUCAUAAACACCCCUGUACCGGAGCCUGCAACCUCCCGGGAAGUUUCCUACAAGACAUCGACGCAGCUUCCAGAACUGAGAGCCAUUUCCAGUGACCCUUUUGCCACCACAGCCAAUCCGGUGACAGACGGAACAGUCACAUUUACCUCUCUAGAAACCUUCAAAGGGACUAGUGCACCCCCUGUCACCAUGACAAGUUCCAAGGAGACCAGUGAGCCCUCUGUGGCUACAACAGUAAGCUCCCAGUCCAAUGGUCCCCCUGUCACCACGACUACUGAAUCUUUAGGGCUCUCCAGUGAGCCACAUGGACUCCUGACCACCAUAGCAACCAGUUCUGUGGCGAGUUCUAGUGCAGCUGGUGGCACCCCAGUCUCCAACAUAAAAAUAUCCGCAAUGUCUACCCCAGAGCCAGUAACCAACAGGACGCCACACGAGGAAUCAAGUGGCAUGUUUCUAGUGCCCAUGCUUGUGGCCUUGCUAGUGGUUGUGGCCCUUGUGACUCUGCUGCUGUUGUGGCACCGGCGGCAGAAGCGGAGGACUGGGGCCCUGACGCUGAGCGGAGGUGGGAAGCGUAAUGGGGUAGUGGAUGCCUGGGCUGGGCCAGCCCGGGUUCCUGAUGAAGAGGCCGCAACAGCAGCAGCAUCUGGGUCAGGGGGCAACAAGGGCUCAGCGGCCCUGGAGAGAGAGGGGUCGGGGCAGCGGCCCAUGCUCACCACUUUCUUCAGCAGACGGAAGUCUCGCCAGGGCUCUUUAGUACUAGAGGAGCUGAAGUCUGGGCCAGGUCCCGACUUAAAAGGGGAGGAAGAACCGCUGGUGGGCAGCGAGGAUGAGGCUGUGGAAACACCCACUUCUGAUGGGCUAGAAGCUAAAGACGGGGCUGCACCUCAAAGCAUGUGAGCAUCAGGAGGCCCUCACCCGACCUGCUCCCUAACCCUGGAUCCUGCUCUCAGCAUCCUGGCAGUCUACAUUUGUGCAUAUUUGUGAACUAAGUGCAUUCAUUCAUUCAUUCAUUCAUCCAUUCAUCCAUCCAUCCAUUCUCUCCCCCUUUCUUCCACUAUGCUCCUUUUGGAGCCAGUUGCUGAAUCUCCAAGAGGAUAAUCUGAGUUGACCUACAAUUCCUUCAAGGAUCCACCCUGAGAUGCUGGGAUCUGACAAAGAAGAAAUGCCAAACUUUGAGAAGUAUAUGGCGCCCCCUUCAGGACUCCCUUUUGCUCAGGGGCCAGCUUAGAACCUGGAUGGGGGCAUCUAGCUUGUUCUUGGUUGAACUGUGACCUGUGACUUUCCUCAGAGCACUCUGGCUUUGGGCUGGCUUGUGGCUGCUGGGGGAGGCUGCCAGAGAUUGGCUACUCCCCUUGGGGCAGAGGUGAGAGGUUUUAGCUCCAAGAAGCCUAGCACCUGCUGUGUCCACUCCGAGAUGCAGUUUGUGUGCAAGAUGUGCCGCUUAGGUGAAGGUUGUGAAGAGUACUAGUGAGUAGAGGCCGUGGGAAAGAGCCCAGCAGGGACUGGGUACGGCCAGAAUGAGGGAUCCGGUAACAGCCGAGAGCGCGGGACCCUCCAUCUCGCUCAGAGAGGGUCGAAGCAGCUGAAAACCUAAAUCUGUCUGUAGCCUUCAAAAGAAUGCAAACUCGGUGGGGACUAAGCUGUCAGAUGCUCCCCUCAAAGGCUCCCUCACACCGACACCCACCCACCCCACGCCCACAUGCAAGAAGAGGAGAGGCAUUAGCUUAGCCCAGCGCGGGAACUGGGCCGCCAACCACCCUGGUCCUGAUGCUUUUUCUUAACAGUCUUGAUUUUCUUGGUUUGUCUGUUUCCUCUUCCACUUCAAGACUGAAGUCCUUCCCUUUUCUAAAAGGAGUAAGAGGGAGUUAGAUGAGAAUACAGGCCCUGGGGGUGGAAUAUGGGUGCCAGGGACCCCGAGGGUCUGAGGUAGAGGGAGGGGACAGUUCCCAACUGUGCUGCUUCUGACCCAUCAGCCUCUGGUACUGGCAUGUGGUCCGAAGGUGGUUGCUGGAGGAGAUUCGCAAGAGGAAGUUGUUGAGUCAGAGGGCACAGUCCUUGAGAACAGGCUGACCUAUAAAAGGAGGCGUGAGUGUGGCUGUGCAUGGCCCGGAUGGAAGAGGGGAAGACGGAAAAUGGAGGCCCAGGUGGCUCUCCCGAUGAAUGGGGGGGGGGGGGGCGGAGCCAAGGCAUAGAAAGGGGCCCGGAUCAGCUCUCACCACAUCAAGCUGCCAUUGCCCCCUCCCUUAGCCUGUGGGGAAGAGGAAGGGCUGAGAUGGGCACCCGUGGGCCCCCUUGAACCAUUUCUACUGCUCACUGGGGGCCAUGUGGACCAACUUUAACGAGAUGGCAGAAACGAGUCGCAAAUGGCCGGUAAGGGACACAGCAGCUGUUGCGGUCGAUUUUGCCAAGCUGAGUGCCCUAAUUUCAGGUAUUUAGAGGAUAAUGUCACCAAACAAAGAGGUCAAGGGCUCUGACAUUUCCUGAGCUGUUUUUGGUUUUCAGCGGCAGGGAGAGAAGAAGGCUGAAGGAAGCGGGGUAGAGAUGGGGAAUGCCACCUAACAGGACUUCAGCUCAGACAGGGUCAGAAUGCUCUGAGCCCUAAAUUGAGUGACAGACAAAAAUGUCACAAGGGCACUAAAAGAAGGAAGUGUCGUACUGUUUCUGAAGAAAGAUAUGAAGGCUUCAUGUUUGUCCCAGGGUCUCCUCGGCCACAUCCCAUUUCCUAUUGGCUCCUGUGCCUGGCAAAAACAGGUGCUUAGUGUGCAGUCACAUGAAUGAAUGAAUGAAUGAAUGAAGAAAUAAGGCUUUGAAAUCUAGGAAGGGGAAGGUACUUUUAGCACAGGCACUAGAGGGUGUAUAAGUAAGUAGAGCAGGAGCCUUGGUGGGGCACAGAUGGAUGUCUGUCCUUCAGCUCAGCAGAGGAAACACAGUAAGCAACAGAUGUGGGAAGCCAGAGAGAGAGAGAGAGAAGGAGGGUAAACAGAUCAGGCAAAUGUAAAACAUGGUAAGCAGUUUCAGCCCAGCAGUUAUGAGAUGAUAGUGAAUGGCUCGUGUUCGUGACACCCUUGCCGUGUUUUCAGACGCUGUAAUGACCCCAGAAAUGGCUGCAGCUCACAUGGAAUGGGAAGAAGGAAGGCAUUCAUCUGUAAAUACAUAUCGUUCUCAUUUAUAAUAAAAGCUACAUCCCAAAUGUUUAGUGUAGUCCUCUGAAAGGUGGGGAAUCGAAGUGUGAUUUUCAUCUUACUUUUCUGUGGUUUUCAAGUUUUACACAAUAAAUGUCUUUACUUUUACA